GCACGGAGACCGGAGCGUGCCCGGCUGCUGCUCCCCCCGCCGCCGCCCCACCAGCUCCGCUCCCCCGCGGGCCGCCCCGGCUGUGCCCCCAGCGGGGACGGGCGCGGUCCCGGGCGGCUCCUGCUCCGGGCCAAGGCAGAGCCCGGCUGCGCUGCGCGGGGUGGCGCGGGGCCCCCCAUCCCCGUGCGCCCUGCGCCCUGCCCCGCGCUGCCGCCUGGCUCUGCCCCGGGGGCUCCCUCCCCCCAGCGAAACGUUACAGGGCGGGACCCGAUCCGGCCCGUGCCCCGGCCCCGAUCCGACCGCCCUUCGCCCCGCGCUCCGUGCGCCUGGCCUCGGGCGCUCGGCCCAUGGCGCGGCUGCCCCUGGCCCUUUGGCUCGGGCUGGCGGCGCUCUCCCUGCAGGCCCCGCCGGGCGGCGGGCCGGGUCCCGAGCUCCCCCCGCUGCACUACGGCGAGAACGUCAUUGACCUGCUGGAGGCACUGAACGUCACCCGUUCCGUCCGGGGCGUCAGCAGGGCCGCGGGCCCCGAGCCGGGCGUGCCGGCCUGGAAGUUCCGCCAGCGGGUGCCCCACCUGACGCUGCCCUGGGACUACGCUGUCUACCUGCUGGCCAGCACGCAGGGCGCCCUGGGCUUCCACUUCGUGGCCAGGCAGAGCCGGGGCUCGGCGGGCACCCUCAUCUCCCUGGUGUCUCCAGCUGCCGCCGCGCGGGACGGGCGCCCGCUGCUGCAGCUGGCAUCCAGCGCCCGCGCCAACCAGCUGCGUCUGGACUACCGCGCCGAGUCCAGCAUGGAGCCCGCCUCACUGCUCUUCCCCGGAGGCAGCCCCUUUGCCCGGGGCCGCUGGGCCCGGCUGGCCGUCGACCUGCAGCCCCACCGCCUGGCGCUCUUCGUGGACUGCCGCCCGGCCGUGCUCCUGGAGCGGGGCGGCCCGCGGGACACGCUCAGCCUGCUGCUACCCCUCGACCUCCAGAUCACCUUCGCCAGCCUGCCCGGGGACGCAGCCAGCAAGUUUCUGGGUUAUUGGCAGACGGCUGAGAUCUCCCCCAGUGGGUUCCCACGCCGGCCGUGGCACUGCGAGAACCUGGCAGACCCCUUCCCCGUGCCGUACACCCUGGCGGAGGAGGGGGACCUGGCCAAGCCCCCCUUUGAUCAAGGAUCCCCCCUGGCCCCGGAGCCGCCAGCCCUCGCCGACAUCCGCAACUACCAGCAGCAGCCCGGCGAGCCUGAAUUCCCGCCCCCGGGCGCCCUGGAAGAGAGGGUGCAGCAGCUGGAGGAACUGGUGGAUGGAUUCGGGGCCAUGCUGGACAUGGUCAAAGCGCAGAGCUCGGAGCUGCUGGCCCGCGUGAAGUCCCUGGAGAGCUGCGAGUGCCGGAGGCCGGCGUGCGUGUGGGAGGGGACGCAGCGCGAGGACGGAGCCACCUGGGACAAGGACAACUGCACCACCUGCAUCUGCCUGCAGGGGGAGGUGCGGUGCUCGGCGCGCCAGGACCGCCCCCAGUGCCUAGGCUGUGAGUAUGACGGGCAGCGGUACCAGGACAGAGACGUCUUCCUGGCGCCAUCCAAUUCCUGCAUGAACUGCUCCUGCUUGGACGGGAACGUCCAGUGCUUCCGACUCAUCUGCCCGCAGCUCCACUGCGCCACCCAGGAGGAGGUGCCCGGGGCUUGCUGCCCCCGCUGCCAGGGCUGUGUGGAUGGAGCCGCCCGGCGGGAGCACGGUGAGGAGUGGGCGCCGCGUGCAGACCCCUGCCAGAGCUGCCGGUGCUUGGAUGGCCGCGCCGUGUGCAGGAAGAGGCAAUGUGCCAGGCUGUGCCGCCACCCUGCCAGCCCCCGGCCGGGCACCUGCUGCCCCGUCUGCGACGGCUGCUCGCUGGAUGGCCGGGAGUUUGCCAGCGGGGAGCCGGUGCCCAGCGGGGAGCCCUGCACCCAGUGCGCCUGCUUGAGCGGGAACGUGUUGUGCAAACCCACUGGCUGCCCGGCUGCCCCCUGCUCGGAGCCCGUCCGGAGACCUGGCGAGUGCUGCCCACGGUGCCAGGACUGCCUCUACGACGCCCAGCCCGUCCCGCACGGCGCCGUCUUCACCCCCCCGCAGGAGCCCUGCCUCCACUGCCGCUGCCAGGCCGGGGAGGUGUCGUGUGAGCGCCUGGAGCAGAGCUGCCCGCCCACACCCUGCAGUCACCCGGGCACCGCCCAGGGCCAGUGCUGCCCGGCCUGCCACACGUGUGAGUACAAGGGGCACCCGUACCGGCACGGAGAGACCUUCACGCCCCCGGGCCACGGGCCCUGCGUGCGGUGCACCUGCUCGGCUGGGCACGUGCAGUGCCAGGAAGAGGGGUGCCCCCCCGUGCCCUGCGCCCAGCCCAUCCGGGACCCCCAACGCUGCUGCCCCAUCUGCAAAGUGUGCGUGCUGGCUGGGGAGGAGAUCGAGGAGGGGGCGCAGUGGGAGCCGGACGGGGACCCCUGCACCACCUGUACCUGCCUCGCCGGAGAGCCCGUCUGCGGGGCCCCACCGUGCCCGCCCAUCGCCUGCCAGCACCCCGCCCGGCUGAGCGGGGACUGCUGCCCGACCUGUGCCCAGUGCGCCUACCACCAGCACGUCUACGCCAACGGGCAGACCUUCGCCGACCCACACAGCCCUUGCCAGCGCUGCCAGUGCACGGCCGGGACCGUGCAGUGCUCGCCCGUCGCCUGCCCCCUGCCCAGCUGCCCCCGCCCGGAGAGGCAGCCCGGCCAGUGCUGCCCCACGUGUCCGGGCUGCAGUGUGGAGGGGGCCGCGGUGGCGACGGGCGAGCAGUUCCCCAGCCCGCGGGACCCCUGCCAGCUGUGCAUCUGCACCGACGGGGUCGUCAGCUGCUCCUCCCGCGACUGCCCUGGUGCCCUGUGCGCCCGCCCCCUGCCAGGCUCCUGCUGCCAGAACAACUGCAACGGCUGCAGCUACGGGGGGAAGGAGUACCCCAACGGCGCCGAGUUCCCACACCCCACGGACCACUGCAAGCAAUGCCACUGCCUCAACGGCAAUGUUCAGUGUCUGUCACGGCGCUGCCCCCCCCUGCUCUGCGCGGAGCCCAUCCUGGUGCCCGGCGGGUGCUGCCCCCAGUGCCCAGAGCCCCCGGCUGGCUGCCUCUACGCGGGCGUCUCCUACCAGCACACGCAGCGAUUCUACGACCCCUCGGACUCCUGCCGCCACUGCAUCUGUGCCAACGGGACCGUCACCUGCCAGCGCCAGCCUUGUGCCCCCGUUCUCUGCACCCACCCCCUGCGGCAGGACUGCUGCCGCUCCUGUGAUGGCUGCCUGUACCAGGGGAAGGAGCUGCCCAACGGGGAGCAGUUCCCGGACCCCGCGGAGCCGUGCCGUGUCUGCACCUGCUGGGAGGGCAGCGUCUCCUGCCAGCCCAGGGCCUGCCCGCUGCUCCAGUGCCCCUUUCCUGCCCGGGGGCCGUGCUGCCAGGCUGCGAGUACCUGGGCGAGGGUUACCUCGAUGGCCAGGAGUUCCCUGACCCCCAGGAUGCCUGCGGCCGCUGCGCCUGCCUCCGCGGCUUCGUCACCUGCACCAAGACGCCCUGCGACCCGCCAGGCUGUCGCCACCCCACCAGUCCCCCCGGCAAGUGCUGCCCCGUGUGCCAGGGCUGCCACUUCCAGGGUCAGGACCUCGCGGAUGGAGAAACCUUCCCGGCCCCCGGCGGGCGCUGCGAGCAGUGUCGCUGCCUGCAGGGAGAGGUGUCCUGCGGGCCCCUGUCCUGCCCUGGGGUGAAGUGCCCCCACCCGGCCGUGGGCCCCUGCAACUGCCCCGUGUGUGACGGCUGCAGCUUCCACGGGCGAGCGUGCAGCAACGGAGAGCGCUUCCCCGACCCCUAUGACGCCUGCCGCCUCUGCUCCU